UUCUUUAUUUGUGUAAAUAUUCUUGGCCUUUCCCCUCUCCAGCUUCCACCCAGAAUCUCAUUAAGCUGAAAGUCCUGCAGUUGGGGAAAAUGUCAGAACUCUGUGCAUUCAACGUCAGCGCGCAUCUCACAACAACAGUCCGCCGGUUUGGAGCAGUGAACACUCGCGUCCAAUCAGGAUGGGACAGACAUGGAGGACAGCAGGACCCGUAAUGUCCCGUCGCUCCUUCCAAUGAGAGCAGCCGACCUCUUAGUGAUGAUGUAAUGUCAUGAAUAUUGAAACAGGUUGGCUGGAGCUCGGGAGGCGCUUCAGUCAGCAUCUCCUCUCUCCUCUCCAUCUCCACUAUCUGCCCGAGAUUCGAUGAAGCGGAACAGAAAAGGGCAAGACGAAGAAACUUGGGAGACAUUGGUGGACCUGUAGAGCGAUCUCUACAGAUUCUGAUUAAUCUGGACACAGAUGGAGAGGGUGGAUCCUCCUGAGAAUGAACUGAUCCUCUGACACCAUGAUGAACCCAUCCUCUGCCGACUCCUGUCGGCAGCCAGACAAUAGCAGCCGGAAGCAGGCGCGUUCGUCGUCUCCGGCCGGUGUCAAGGAAACUGGAUCUAAAACUGCGCAGAAGGGCAGCGGCUCGGCUAAGCCCGUCACACCAAAGCAAGCGGCAGCAGGUGGAGCAGGAGGGGGAGGAGGAGGAGGAGGCAGAGGUAGUCGAGGUCAUUCUCCCGUUUCCACAGGCAGGGAGCGGCAGGCCGGAAGCGCUCCUCCCAGCAGAGGCGCGGCCGCUGUCCAGUCUGCUAGUGCUGAAAGCCCGACACCGAGCAGGCCCGCGGCGGCGCAGGCUACCGAAGACUCCGCCCGCCCCACCGCCGUCGCCGGCGACGCCUCCUCGCCCUCCAGAGCCGAUUCGAGCCGCGUUGUCUCCGACCAGCCAUGCGCAUCCAAGUCCCCAAAACUGAGGAGCAAAAUCCCGAGAGGCGCAGAGUCCGCCUCAGCUGGAGGCGGCGGCAGCAGCAGCAGCAGCAGCAAUAAGAAGAGCUCUAAAAGCACUGUGGGAUGCGGACCCGGUUUCUGGAAGGAGGGAUGCUUGCAGUCCGAACUGAUACAGUUUCACUUGAAUAAAAGCCUGGGGAAGAAAGGAGCCAAGAUGCAGGCGAAGUCCGUGUCUCCACCAGCGUUGGAGCCUGAGCCGGAGCUGUCCCCGGAGCCCGCCGCUCCACAGCCGGCUGCACAGCCCGAUGAGAGGCUGCAAGAAGAAAUCGAGAGGCUGGAGGACGAAAAUGAAGAUUUAAAGACUGAGAUUGAGGAGAUGCGGGCAGAGAUGGAUGAGAUGCGCGACACUUUCUACGAAGAGGACGCCUGUCAGCUGCAGGACAUGCGCAGAGAGUUGGAGAGGGCCAACAAAAACUGUCGCAUCCUCCAAUACCGGCUGAAGAAGGCCGAGAGGAAGAGGCUGAGGUUCAAUGAAGGCGGCCAAGUGGAUGGAGAGCUCCUCAGAAGUCUGGAGCAAGACCUGAAGGUGGCAAAGGAUGUGUCAGUGCGUCUGCACCACGAACUGGAGAACGUCGAGGAGAAGAGGACAAGGACGGAGGAGGAGAACGAGAAGCUGAGGCAGCAGCUGAUAGAAGUGGAGGUCACCAAACAGGCCCUGCAAAAUGAGCUGGAGAAAGCCAAAGAGCUCUCCCUGAAAAGAAAAGGAAGUAAGGACGGACAGAGAACUGAGAAAAAGAUGCCGCAGACGCCCGUUGAGGAAGAAAAUGAGGACCUGAGGUGCCAGCUAGCUUUUAUCAAGGAGGAAGCCAUCUUAAUGAGAAAAAAGAUGGCGAAGAUUGACAAAGAGAAGGAUCGUCUGGAGCAGGAGCUGCAGAAGUACCGCUCCUUCUACGGGGACGUGGACAGCCCGCUGUCCAAAGGCGAGGCCGGGGGGCCUCCCACCACCCGGGAGUCCGAGCUGAAGCUCCGCUUACGCCUGGUGGAGGAAGAGGCAAACAUCCUGGGGAGGAAGAUUGUGGAGCUGGAGGUGGAGAACAGAGGACUGAAGGCUGAACUGGAUGACAUGAGAGAGGACAGUCUGGCAGCAGCAGGAGGAAAUGGCACUGGCGGCGGUGGCCAGCAGAGCAGGGAGCAAGGCGAGGCUUUGUCUGAACUAAGGCAGCAGCUGCAGCUGGUGGAGGACGAGGCAGAACUCCUCCGCAGGAACUUAGCUGAUGUAGAAGAAGAAAACAAAAAGGUAACAAAUGAGCUCAAUAAACUCAAAUACAAGGCUGGGUCCCAUGAGGCCGGAUCAAGACAUGGAGGAGGUGGGGGUGAUCAGGCUAAACUGGAGGCGCUCCAGGAGGAGCUGAAAGCGGCACGCCUGCAGAUCAAUGAACUGAGCGGCAAAGUCAUGCAGCUCCAGUACGAAAACCGCGUGCUGCUCUCCAACAUGCAGCGCUACGACCUGGCCUCCCACCUGGGCAUCCGCGGCAGCCCUCGGGACAGCGACGCGGAGAGCGACGGGGGCCGGGACGACGACACCCCGUCGACCUCCGCCGCUUCCCCUCGCCUCCUCCCGCCGCACCGCAAGCGCGAGGGCCCCAUCGGCGGAGAGAGCGACUCCGACGAGAUAGCCGUUUUUUAUCCAGAAGCCUGCGGGACCGGCAGCAGAUGAUAGACAUCCGCAUCGAGGCCGAGAGGCUGGGCCGGACCAUCGACAGGCUCAUCGCUGACACCAGCACUAUCAUUGCCGAAGCCCGAGUGUACGUAACUAACGGGGAGCUGUUUGCCAGGCUGGAUGAGGAUGAAGAAGG